CGUGACGUCAGCGGUUUGGUUUUUCAUGGCGGGAUGUCGGGUUUUGGACAUCGACGUUGUCCUGACUGUGUUUUGGCUAAAACCAGGUGACUUCUCGUGGUUUAGCUAACAGCUUUAAUUGACAUAUCUAAGUUAUGUGGCCGAGUUAUUUAAAACAACAACAACGUAAAAGCAUUGCUAUUCUAUCCUGUCAGGCUUGCUAACGUUAGCUAAGGAAGCAGUCCUCGUGCUUUGACAGCUGGCUGAAAGUUUGACUAUUAAGGUUAAGAUUAGUUGGUGCGAUGGAGAGUUCAUUGGUAAAAGACAACCCACUGCUAUUACCUCUCAACAAGGAGAAAACUAUCUAUGACGGAUUCAUCACAGUCCAGGAACGGGACUUCAGAUUGAGAAUACUACUCCCCCCAGAUCGCCAAUUGAAGCGGGCCAGGCUGCACUGCUGUUGGCAGUUAAAACACCUGUUGCAUUGGUACGAGCAUAUAGUGAAGCAGAGGCUGCAGCAGUCGGCUGAUCUUGUCAGUUUCAUUCUGGAGCUGAAGACCAUCUUGGAAGUGGGUCUGAAGAGCCAUCGGGAGUGCCGCUCCAUCCCUCCUCCACAGUAUUACUCUCAGCUCAUCUCUGAGAUGGAGACCCUUGGGUGGGGCAAGCUGCUCUUCAUAGACACAGAGUUCCAAACGUUGAGACUGAAGGCGGAGGACUCCUGUGGAAGGCAGCACGUUCUCACUAUUAAACUCAAGUCUAAGCACCCUGCAGAGGCUCCUGAAUGCACCGCUGACCUGCCGGUCCCUCUGGCCAUGACCUGGACUCCACAGAGUACUCUGGACCAGCUCCACAGCCAGUUCCUGUUGGUUUUGGAGUCCUUGACCGAGUUCUGGGACGUACUGGAUGAGAUUGACAGUAAGACCUGGAUCCUGGAGCCGGAAAAAGCCAGCCGGUCCGACACCAUGAGGCGGAUCGCCAUCGGAAACAACGUAUCCAUCAAAGUGGAGGUGGACCCCAGACACCCUAAGAUGCUGCCAGAGUGCUGCCUGCUGGGAGCCGAGCAUGUGGUGACUCCGCUGAGGAAUAAGCUGAACGCCAACAUGCACUUGUGGAACCCGGACUGCAGCGUCUUGCACAACCUCCGGGAUGUUUUGGAGAUCAAAUUCCCGUCACCUGCCACCCACGAAAAAUCUAGUUUCAGCGUUGAGUGUGGGAUCUGUUACUCCUAUCGUCUUGAAGCUGCGAUCCCUGAUCAGGUGUGUAAUGACCCUCGCUGUGGCCAGCCCUUCCACCAGGCCUGUCUGUAUGAGUGGCUGCGAGCGCUGCCCUCCAGCAGGCAGAGCUUCAACAUCGUUUUUGGAGAGUGUCCUUACUGCAGCAAGCCUAUUACUGUGAAAAUGGCAGCCCAGAAGUGAGGAGAAGGGCUGUGUGUUCCUGUCGGCGCCACCUCGACUUUGGGAAACCGCUUGAGAGACAACGCUGAAACUAGUAAACCCCUUACAGUAGCUGUUCAAAUGGGUUUAAAUGCACCGUGAGAGAGACCGACACAGAGAGCAGCUCCCAGGAAAAGGAAGACACCCACAAAGAGAAACCAAGAACACUGACCCUUGCUCUGUGUGGGACCAGAUUCCUGUUCUGGACCUCCGACAGCAGACUCGUUCCAUUCAUUACAGCCGUAUCUGUGUUCAUAACACAGGUCCUCGUGGCGACACUGUCGAUGGCGGUGGCCUCCUCUGUGCUGGAGCACUGGCCUGGCCCGAGGGUGACCCUCCUUUAGGACGGCCCACCCCUGGUCGCAGUCUGUGUGUGUUCGAUCGUCGGCGUCACACUCGGUCAAUAUUCGUUUUCUCCUUUGCGCGCGGAGUGGUCCUUCCUGUCCCCCUGAUGUCACGCUGCGGGCGUCUGUUUUCCUGCUGCUCCAUUUGGGUUUAGUUUUCUGUUAAAGAGGUUUAUGCUCUUUUAGAAGUGACAGUAGAACCUUAAACAACAUGACUGUAAUACAUGUAAGAGAUUGACAGACCAACUGAAUGACGGUGUAUUUCUUUGUAACAUUCUUGAGGAACUUGAG